AUGAGUGGGUUGGAGGCCAUAUGGCUUAUGGUUUUGUUCUAUGGCUUUUUUUCAUUACCUUCAGCUUUGGGUUCUUUGAGUCCAGCUGGGAAUCUUACAUGCAACCAAGAUGAUAUGAAAGCUUUAGUGGAUUUCUACCAUGGGUUGGAUUUGGGUUCAAUUGGCGGUAUUCCUACUUGGGAUGUGAAUUCGUCUUCUUCUAAUUGCUGCAAUUGGGUUGGAAUAACUUGCUUGAAUGAUUCUUCUACAGGAGAUUCUAGCAGGGUGGUGAAAUUUGAAUUGACUGGGAAAAGGUUAAUUGGCAAGUUACCUGAGUCUAUGGGCAACUUGGAUCAGCUUAGGACGCUCAACCUUUCCAGAAAUUUCCUCAGAGGUUCGAUUCCUUUAACAUUGUUGCAUCUGCCUAACUUAGAGGUCAUAGACUUGAGUUUCAAUGACUUUAUUGGGCCCAUUCCAGCCAGCAUUAGCCUGCCUUCUCUUCGAGUUUUCAACAUCUCUGAGAAUUCGUUUUCGGGUUCUGUUCCUGUGGGAAUUUGUAGUAACUCGACUAGAAUUCAGGCUAUGAAAAUGGGGGCCAAUUAUUUCUCCGGGAAUCUUGCACCUGGAGUUGGCAACUGUAGUAGUUCUUUGGAGGAAUUAUGCCUUGCAUCGAAUCUUGUUUCUGGUAGUUUACCUGAAGAGAUGUUUCAGUUGAACAAAUUGUCCAGACUGACUCUUCAGGAUAACAGAUUCUCAGGGAACCUCAGUGACAACAUUGGUAAUCUCUCUAGUCUUAGACAACUUGAUCUUUCUAUGAACAACUUUUCAGGAUCGUUGCCAGAUAUUUUUCAUAAUCUAGGAUUCUUGAAUUAUUUCGCUGCUCAAUCAAAUAAGUUUUCUGGAAGUAUACCUCUGUCAUUGGCCAGUUCCCCAAGUAUAGCUUUUCUUACUUUGAGAAAUAAUUCGUUGGGUAAUAUCUUAGAUCUUAAUUGUUCUGCAAUGGUCAGUCUUGUUGCACUUGAUCUCGGUACCAAUCAGUUUAGUGGGUCGAUCCCUGCUAACCUUCCUGACUGUCCACAGCUGAAAACGAUAAAUCUUGCACGAAAUAACCUUAAGGGACAGGUUCCAGAAAGUUUCAAGAAUUUUCAGACCCUCUCUUACCUCUCCCUUUCAAAUUCCAGCAUUUCUAACCUAUCAUCUGCUCUUGCAACUUUACAGCAUUGUAGGAACUUGACCUCUUUGAUUCUUACUUUAAAUUUUCAUGACGAAGAAUUGCCAUCUGAUUCUACUCUGCAUUUCGGCGAGCUUAAAGCUCUUGUGAUUGCAAACUGUAGACUCACAGGUACCAUCCCUUUGUGGUUAAGCAAUUCAAAAAAGUUGCAAGUGUUGGAUUUGUCAUGGAACCGGCUUGAAGGGAAAAUCCCAUCAUGGUUUGGUGAGUUUCAGUUUCUAUUUUACUUGGACUUGUCCAACAAUUCCUUUUCUGGGGAGAUUCCUGUAGAACUUACUGAGCUAGAGAGUCUUAUUCAUGGAAAAAAUUCGGCAGAUGACCCUUAUCCUGAAUUCCCAUUAUUCUUGAAGAGAAAUGUCAGUUCUGGAGGAUUGCAGUAUAAUCAAAUUUUUAGCCUUCCACCCACAUUAGAGCUUGGAAAUAACUUUCUCACUGGAUCCAUUUGGCCAGAGUUUGGAAGAUUGAAAUAUUUGAUCUUUUUGGAUCUGAAAUGCAACAAUUUAUCAGGCAUUAUUCCCAGCAAUUUGUCGAGUAUGACAAAUUUGGAGACUUUGGAUUUGUCCAACAACAGCCUGUCUGGAUCGAUACCACCAUCUUUAGUUAAGCUCAACUUCUUAUCGAGGUUUAGUGUUGCAUACAAUAAACUAUCAGGGGCUAUCCCCAAUGGAGGUCAGUUCGUGACAUUUCCCAGUUCAAGCUUUGAAGGAAACCUGGGUCUUUGUGGCAAUCAUAGUUCCCCUUGCCCAGAUAGCAACCAACUUCCCCGAAAAUCAUUUAGGAAGGAAAAAACAACAAGAGGAAGUAUAAUCGGAAUGGCUUUGGGAAUUAGCCUUGGUACUGUUUCUAUCCUUGCUCUUGUGCUGGUGGUGGUUCUACGUUCGGGUAGGAAAGCUAGGAAAGCUAUCGACCCAGAGGAGUUGAGCCAUGCAACCAGGAAGGAUUCAUCAGAACUCGGUUCCAGUCUGGUGAUUCUAUUCCAAAAUAAGGACAAAAACAGAGAGAUUUCCCUUGAGGAACUUGUGAAUUCCACCAACAACUUUGAUCAGUCAAACAUUAUUGGAUGUGGCGGCUUUGGUUUGGUCUACAGAGCCACCCUCUUUGACGGUAGGAAGGUUGCCGUGAAACGGCUUUGUGGGGAUGGUGGUCAGAUGGAUAGGGAAUUUCAUGCUGAAGUCCAAGCACUCUCAAGGGCACAGCAUCCCAACCUAGUGCUUCUACAAGGUUAUUGCAGUUACAAGAAUGACAGAAUCCUCAUCUAUUCCUACAUGGAGAAUGGGAGUUUGGACUUUUGGCUACAUGAGAAAACUGAUGGCCCUUCAUCAUUAGAUUGGGUCAGUAGGCUUCGGAUUGCUCAAGGGGCAGCGAGGGGACUUGCUUAUUUGCAUGAAUCAUGUGAGCCUCAUAUCUUACAUAGGGAUAUCAAAUCAAGCAACAUCCUUUUAGAUGAGAAUUUUGAAGCUCAUCUAGCUGAUUUUGGUUUAGCAAGGCUCAUUCUUCCUUAUGAUACCCAUAUCACCACUGAUCUCGUUGGGACAUUGGGGUACAUCCCUCCUGAAUAUGGCCAAGCUUCAGUGGCCACGUACAAGGGUGAUGUCUACAGCUUCGGGGUCGUUCUUUUGGAACUUCUAACGGGCAGGAGGCCUAUGGAUAUGUGCAAGCCCAGAGGCGCUCGUGAUCUGGUUUCCUAUGUGUUUCAGAUGAAGAGGGAUAGAAGGGCAAGUGAAGUUAUCGAUCCUUUCAUUUAUGACAAACAGCACGCAGAAGAGAUCUUAUGUGUUCUUGAAAUUGCUUGCCUUUGCUUAAGUGAGUUCCCUAAAGCAAGGCCUACUACACAGCAGUUAGUUUCUUGGCUUGAAAACAUACAUUCAAAAUCUUGUUCUGAUUCCUGUUAG